UCUUCAUACUAUAUGCGCAGACGAAACGCCAUCUAUUCGUUCCAAAGAUUGGAAAUAGGUUUAAUAGUGUCUUAUCAGUUGUGAUAACAUCGUAUUCGUAACUUGUUUUAUAGUUAUUAGAGCCUUUUCCUGAUCCACUUGAAUACACCAAAGAAUCUAAGAACAGCAGUAACUGUUCCAUAAUAUUGUGUAGAUAAUUUAACAGAAGCGAUAAUUAUUCGAAAACGAAAAUGGCUUGUGCUUUGAGUAGUGAGACCUUAGAGUCUUUUAAGAAAGCAUUCUAUGAUGACCCGAAAAAUCUAUUGGCACAAAAUGCUUGCAGCACUCGGGAUCCUCUAGAGGUCUGCCUUCUAAGAAAAACUUCAGAAAAAACACAACAUGUAUAUACAAAUAAGGUAGAAUGUGAAGGUAAGCCUGUUACAGAUCAAAAGAGUUCUGGUCGCUGCUGGAUUUUUGCAUGCCUAAAUGUCAUCCGUCUCCCUUUUGUCAAACAUUAUGAACUAGAAGAAUUUGAAUUUAGCCAAGCAUUUCUCUUUUUCUGGGAUAAGAUUGAAAGAUGCAACUACUUUCUGAAUAAUGUUGUGGAGAUAACCAAACGAGGGGAACCAGUGGAUGGUCGACUUAUGUCUUUCUUGCUUCAUGAUCCAACUUGUGAUGGAGGUCAGUGGGAUAUGCUUGUGAACCUCAUCACAAAACAUGGGAUGAUGCCCAAGAAAUGCUUCCCAGAAUCAUACAGCUGUGAAUCCUCAGGUCGAUUGAAUAGGAUAUUAAAAAGCAAGGUAUUUAGGGUGGUUGGUAUUUGCCUGGGAGUUCCACCAGAAACCUUCUUUUGGGAAUAUUACAAGAAAGAUAAAACUUACAAUUCUGUUGGUCCUAUUACUUCACUGAAGUUUUAUGAAGAAUAUGUCAAGCCACAUUUCAAUGUAGAGGAUAAGGUGUGUCUUGUAAAUGAUGAACGACCACAGAAUGUAUUUGGACAGUUAUACACAGUAGACUGUCUGGGAAAUGUUGUUGGUGGAAGACAUACUAUUUAUAAUAACCAACCUAUAGAAUUGUUACUUCAAUUAGCAGCUGAAUCCAUCAAGAACAAUGAGGUAAUGUGGGUUUAACAAUAGUUUUUGUGUUGAUUUGGUUUCAUAUUGCAUAGUCUCCUGAGAGAUAAUACUGGAAUGAUUAUAUAAUUAUUGUU